AUGGAGAACCUUAUUAUUUCCGAUGAGGCUUUGACGGGUAGUAUCCAGGACAAAGUCAUCUUGAUUACCGGUGUGUACUAUCUGUUGUCUAUGAAAAAAGGAGCCUCACUAAUCGAAACAGGGGGAUCCGCCGGUAUUGGUCGAGCCACUGCGCAACUUUGUCUUGAUCUGGGCGCAUAUGUCGUGGUGGGAGAUAUGAGCACGCCAAACCCUCCGUUUCAGGAGACUGAUAAGCUCAAAUUCCUCGAAGUCAAUGUGAUCAAGUGGGAAAGCCUGCGAAACUUAUUUGUCGAAGCGGAAAAGUGGCAAGGUCGCAUUGAUCAUGUCUUUGCCAAUGCCGGGGUUUCCCCAAGUGAAGACUUCUUGGACGUGAAGCUUGACGAAGCUGGCCAACUACAGCCACCGAAUUAUCGCACGAUCGACGUCAACUUCACUGCGGUGAUUAAUACCAUUCAUCUUGCAAAAGCCUACAUGACUGAGCUGGGUACUCACAAAACAGCAGGUGCUGCAAGUAUCGUGCUCGCCGCUUCUGCAAGUUCAUUCCAGAAUUUCACUACACCAGACUACACCAUAUCCAAGCACGGGGUGUUAGGUAUGAUUCGCGGCUUGGUCGGAAUCCUCGGUGAACAGGUCCGAAUCAAUGCCAUCUCUCCAUCCUGGACAAAUACAGGAAUUAUCACAACAUAUUCACCAUUAUUUGAAAGAAUCGGCGUUGCCAUGCAAAGUCCAGAUGUGGUCGCUCGAAGUGUGGUUUUGCUAUUUGCGGACCAGCAACGAAAUGGCGACGUAAUCUACAGCUGGGAGGGGCAUUAUCGAGAGGUCAACAAUCAGCAAGGUGGACUUUUAGAGCACGCCACGGGUAUACUCCCUAAUUCAGAGAAUGAGGAGGGUGCAAUCCAGAAACUUCGGGCGUAUGCGCGAAGCCGAGCUGAGCAGAGUCAACAAUAG